AUAGCUUUUCUUACUUCCUCUCCUAUACACCAUUACCAUGGCCAAUUCUAAAACCAUCUUAUUCACUUUCCUGCUUCUCCUAUUCCAUACUUUUCUAUUCUCCUUACUCGCCACCGCCAGUUACUAUCAAAAUAUCUCUCCAGCGUAUCUGGGUUUCCGUGAGGAGAAGCUCACCCACAUUCACUUCUACUUCCACGAAAUUGUUAGCAGCCCAAACCCUUCCCUCGUUUUUGCCCUUGAACCUCUCAAAGGUAAGUCCAAGUCUCCCCUACCAUUUGGGUCCCUAGCUAUGAUUGAGGAUCCAUUAACAGUUGGGCCCAAACUGGACUCCAAAAUGGUGGGAAAGGCCCAAGGGUUUUACAUAUCCGCGGCCCAUCAAGAGGGCACCGACUUAGAACUUGUCAUGGGGAUGACCUUUGCAUUCACAGAUGGGGAAUAUAACGGCAGCACCCUCAGCGUGUUGGGCCGAAACCCCAUUUCCUCUGCUGUGAGGGAAAUGCCUAUUGUUGGUGGAACCGGUUCCUUCCGGUUCGCACGUGGUUUUACUCAAGCUAGGACUAUCCACGUGGAGCACUCAACAGGAGAUGCUGUUGUCGAAUACAACGUGUUUGUGUUCCAUUAUUCAUCAUUGUCUCUGCAGGGUUUUAACGACGGAGUCGAGUUCAUGACAGACCCUGUUCUUAACAGAAUACAGAAUUUUUAG